CCGCCUCUGGGCCGCAGCCUCUGUCAUUCCCGACAGGACUGUUUGUUGUCAAAAUGGAGUUCUUACUCGGAAAUCCGUACAGCAGUCCCGUGGGCCAGUGCAUAGAGAGGGCCACAGAUGGAGGCCUCCAGAAUGAAGACUGGACCCUCAACAUGGAGAUCUGCGAUAUCAUCAACGAAACAGAUGAGGGGCCAAAAGAUGCCAUGAGAGCGCUGAAGAAGAGGCUGAGUGGCAACAAGAACUACAGAGAGGUGAUGCUGGCACUGACGGUAUUGGAGACGUGUGUGAAGAACUGCGGUCACAGGUUUCACGUCCAGGUGGCCAACAGAGAUUUCAUCGACGGCGUUCUGGUCAAAAUCAUCUCCCCCAAAACGAAUCCUCCAACUAUUGUGCAAGAUAAAGUGCUAUCUCUCAUACAGGCCUGGGCUGAUGCCUUCAGGAGCAGCCCUGAUCUAACCGGCGUGGUCCAUAUUUAUGAGGAACUGAAGAGGAAAGGCAUCGAGUUCCCGAUGGCAGACCUGGAUGCAUUGUCUCCCAUUCACACACCACAGAGAGGUACACCAGAGGUGGAUCCAGCCAUGAUCAAAUACCUCGCCCCUACCUCACCUGCUGCUGCCGGGACUCCCAAACCUGCCCCAGUUCCACCUGCUGCCACACAGGUGUCCAACAUGCCCAGCCCCAUCACAGCAACCCCUGAACAGAUUGCCCGGCUGCGUAGCGAGCUGGACGUAGUGAGAGGAAACAUCAAAGUCAUGUCAGAGAUGCUAACUGAGAUGGUUCCCAGCCAGGAAGAUGCCUCAGACCUAGAACUGCUUCAGGAGCUGAACAGAACAUGCCGAGCGAUGCAGCAGAGAGUGGUGGAGCUGAUUUCUCGUGUUUCUAAUGAGGAAGUGACUGAGGAGCUUCUACACGUCAAUGAUGACCUCAAUAACAUUUUCCUUCGAUAUGAGAGGUAUGAGCGGUAUCGGUCGGGCAGGGCUGCACAGAACAAUGGGAUGUUAAGUGAAGCCACAGAAGACAACCUGAUAGACCUGGGUCCAGGCUCUCCUGCUGUGGUCACACCCAGGAUCACAUCCAGCCCUCCAUCCAUCUCCUCAGCUGGAGCCACAGCUUCCCCGGUCACCAACGCCUCCCUGUCCACUGCACUGGCUGGUCUUGAUGUAGCUUCAGACAGCGUCAGCGGCACCCUCUCAUCCCUCCCAUCGGGCCGCAACCAGGACGACUUUGACAUGUUUGCCCAGACCAGGAGCAGCUCUCUGGCUGAACAGCGCAGAAAUGUAAAAUACGAAGACCCUCAGGCUCUGGGUGGUUUGGCUUCUGCUCUGGAUGUCCGACAACAGAACGCAGGAGGGCUGAGGGUAAAAGGGGAUGAUAACCCGGCAGACCAGGAGCUGCCCAUAGACAGCUGGCUUAUUACCCAAGGAAUGAUCCCCGUAUCGCAGUCCUCUGUCAUGGAUGACAUAGAGGAGUGGCUCUGUGCCGACGUGAAAGGGGAUGCCGCUGAGGAAGGAGUGACCAGUGAAGAGUUUGAUAAGUUCCUGGAGGAGCGAGCGAAGGCAGCCGACACUCUGCCCUCUCCCCCUGGAGCUAACCCUUCUAGUCACCCCGCCCGGGCCGCCGGCGGCUCCCAAAAGAAGGCCGAACGGACGGAAGACGCCCUCUUUGCCUUGUAGACUGUUCUCAGAGAACUUUAAAUCUCUCCGGAGGCGUCUGAAGGUCUUCGCCCCCCAAUGAUUCCACCCCCAAACAGUCCAUUCCAUCGCUGGCCGGCAGCGGUGUAGCAACCGAUCUCCUUGUCGUUCUCUUGCCGCUGUGUCGCUCCAACCUCCAGAGGUCCAGCUCGUUUACUGCGCAGCGUCGUGUUGCGUUUUGCUCUACAUGGAUGUAUUAAUCUGUUCUUGUGGGAUGUACUACUCGCAGCCUCGUUCGCAACACCCCACCAAAGGAAGACAAUCUUAAGUUGUCUCGUGUGGCUUAAAAAUGUGGUAUAUUACUGCGAGAUCCGUUGAGUCAGUAUGGAAGCAUAAAACUAGGUUGUGUUAACUACAGUCGGCUAAUUGCUUAUUUAUGCAUUUAUUCUUUUAAUGUUUUUUCUGUACUAGCGCUGUGGGUAUAACGUCCAUGCAGAAUUAUUUUUUAUUUUAUCUCCACAAAUACUCCAGUAAAGACUUCCAGUUAUACUUUUAAUACUGACAUAGUUUACCGAAAGCACUGAAGAGAAAAGACCCGGCUAGUUUUGCUUGCUAGGAAUAUAAUAGCAAAAUCACAGCUAAUCUCGAUAAACUGCAUCCUCUAACCAAAGGGAAUUAAAAAAAAAAAAAAAAAGAAAAGUUAGGAUCCUCUAUUAUGUAUUUCAAACGGCUAAGGGGAAGGAACAUGCCCAUGGAAUAUUUCACAUCCAUCUUUUCACUCCAAUGAAAAGCUCCGACAAAUAAACUGCCUAAACACUCGCGGCCCAUUCCAAAGAAUAUUAAGGCUUUAAUGACCAACUAAUUUCAAACAAUAAUGUGUUAAUAAAUGGGAUCAUGAACAUUUUCCUUCCCCUGUUGAUGUCUGUGCACUUUGAAGCAAAAAAAAAAUCUGUAUUUUGUCAUUUGUGUUUACAAGAUGGUUACUAUUUUUCUAGAGGGAUGGGAGAUGAUCUUUAGAAUGAUGACUUCAUUUUGCACAUAACUUUUUCUAACUGUGUAGAGCUUGUUCACAUAGAAGUGGAUGGAUGGACUGUUGCAAAAAAAAAAAAAAAUCAAAGACAAAAAAAGGGAUUUAAGUGACCAGUAUGACUUAGAAUUGGCAUUAUAAUCAAGUAAAAUAGCAAAAAUAUACCUUGUAAUAAGUGAAACAUGUACUCAUGUGGGCAGAUCUUCACAUACUUAAUACUAUUUAAUCUAUAUACCUCAAAAUACAGGAAUUUAACUUUCUGUAUCUGGUUAGAAAUGUAUUGGCGCUUGAUAAUAUCUGAAAUCUUAAGAGGUUCAUGUGUUAUUUGAUCCCCCCCAAUUGUAUUUUUAUAGUUUUUCGCUGCUCUUGUUGCCGUUGAGGCUGCAGCAAACCAGCAUAUUUCUGCUUUCUUUGAUUUGAGCAGGCAAAUUCUUUCGUUCUCGUGUUUUCAUCCCGGCAGUGAUUCAUCUGCUCCUGUUGGAGGUGCUGCCAAGUGUCUCCGUGAUUGACUGAUUUCAGCAAAGCGGCUCUGACUUUGAUGUGCACGAGAUCACGCUCGGAGGCAAAAAGGAAUCCUGUCUUCGUUCCAGCUCUUUUCAGUUAAUUUUAACUCCACUCUGCACUUAAAAGAUUUUUUUUUUCCUUUCUUCCAGUCCAUUUAAGACCAAAAGCCUUGUUAAUCAGAGGCGGCACAUCUGAGUCUCCUUCCAAGUCCUAAAUAGGUGAAUUACCCAUUAUCAGCCUUCUACUAGAGGAAAGUGAUUUAAUAUUCCAUAGAUGCAAAAGGUGACACUGACGAAUAAUUUGUGUAAUCAUUAUAACUAAAUAUUUAAAUGUAUUUUAGUUGAGAAAAUUAAUAAAUAUCAAGCUUUAAUGAUCUUUAAUGGUGACAUAUUGGUAAUGUAGGUUUAAUGUGGUUGCCAGGUAACUGAGAUAUUAAUUUUUACCAUGCAGACUGAACAAAAAUCUAACAGGAGAUCCUUAAAAGGCAGUUUUUCUGUGUUUCUGUGUGUAUCUUUGGAUCUGAGUGUAUUGUGUUAUGAAGCUUAAGUCCUGACUGCAACAUGUAUUCCUCGACUUUUCUGGCUAAGUGGUUACUGAAUGUCUUUAAUUCUGGACAUGGAAAAGAGGCUUGUUUUGUCACGAAACGGUGUCUGUUCCACGUCUGUGCCGUCUGCUGCCAUUACUAAUGGUCGGAUCUGUGUUUGACCAGAUGCACGUCUGUAACUGCCCAAUAAAACACUAGCAAUGUGUGACCUCUA